CCCCGUCCCCUAAACUCUGGGUACAAGGUUUUUGUCCCGGGACUUGAGCAUUAUCACAUGACAUUAGGUCUACUGCUAAAAUGAGAUUCCGGUUUUGUGGGGAUUUGGACUGCCCAGACUGGGUUCUUGCCGAAAUCAGCACUUUGACGAAAAUCUCAAGUGUGAAGAUGAAACUCCUCUGUGUCCAGGUGUUGAAGGAUCUGCUAGGAGAGGGCAUUGAUUAUGACAAAGUUUCAAAGCUAACUGCAGAUGCAAAGUUUGAGAAUGGAGACAUGAAGGCCAGUGUAGCCGUGUUGACCUUCAUCCUGUCCAGUGCAGCCAAACAUGAUGUGGCCAGUGAAUCUCUCUCCAGUGAGCUGCAGCAGUUAGGACUCCCUAAAGAACACACCACAGGACUGUGUAAAUCCUAUGAAGACAAGCACAUAGCCCUGCAGGAGAAGCUAAGGGAGAGCAGUCUGAGAUUGGGUCGGUUGGAGGGGGUGUCGUGGCGUGUUGACUACACCCUGAGCUCCAGUGAGCUUCAGGAGGUUAAUGAGCCCACAGUGCAGCUCUGUCUCCAGACCCAAGGGGCAGAGACUGGAAACACAGAGACCACCAUCGUCUCUGUGUCUGCAGACAAGUUCAGAGUCCUGCUGACAGAACUAAAACAAGCACAGGCCAUGAUGAAUGCACUACAAUGAAGCAAGACUCUAAAGGUAUCGAAUAAUGAUGCAGUGAAUGGAUCAGAGGAAAGUCAAUCAAGAGUGCAAGACAUUGACAGAAUAUCAUACAGGAUGAGUGGACCAUGAUCUUUUGAAUGUAUUUUGUACAUUAUAUGUGUUUAUUAUUCUAUAAUUGUUAUUAAAUAUGUUGAUGUAUUU